AUGAAAGUGCAUUACACCUUCUUUCCUCCGAAUGAUCAAGAUUCAUUGAUCGUUGCAAAGGCUUUUCAGGAGAUGCUUGUAAAAGAAGGAGUUGAAUCAUCAUCGUUUAGAGAGAUCGUAUUAGAAAAAUUAGAAAUUCCCCAGCUACAUAAAGUUUUAUAUGUGGACGCUAAUCCGAAUCAUAUCAGAAUUGUUGAUGAAGAUGGCAAGAUGUUUGUGAUUGAAAACCAUGCAAUUCAUCCUGAAAAUGAUGAUCAUCAAAUUAUUUUACAGCGAAUGAAAGGAUCGAAAUUUGUUGGAAAACACGUGUUGAAAACAUAUCCCAUCUUUGAUGGAGUGAAAUUCAAGGUGAUUGGACUUGCGUCCUAUACUGAACAUGCAUUAUUCAUUGUGAAAGAUACAAAUAGAAACCAAACGGUGUUAUAUGGCAUUGGAUCUAAUCUAUAUAGACAAUUGUGUGAUAAACAUGAGCUAUCAAAAUUGGGUGGACAGGAAGGGAAGCAUGUCAAGUUUCCUGUCAUGAUUUUUGAUCCAUCAAAGGAAAUUAAGGACUCCACUUAUGGAUCUACUGAUAGUCGCUACACCAUCACACACGUAGGGUGUGCCUUCUCAUUUUCUGUGUGCGUCAUUAACAAUAUUCAUGUUCAUAUGAGUGGUCAAAAUUGGUUAAAAGAGGGUUCAGAGCACAAUUGGAGCGAUCAUUUAAUAACAACAGACUGUCCUGUGAAACAAGUGGCUUGUGGUAACUUCCAUGUGUGCAUUCUCACACAAGAUAAUAGGGUAUGGACAGGAGGUAGCUGCUACGACGGUCAAUGUAUUAAGGAACAUGCAUUGAUUGGAUGCAACCCUCUUGCAUUUUGUUCAACACAUGCGUAUGCUGGUUCUGACAAUUUACUUCUAAAAUCAGCAUUUGGAUUUUAUCACAUCUAUGGAAGUAACGACUUUUUCCCUCGCACUCAUCACUUAACAGUCAAUGAGAUUGAAAGAAAAUACGGAUUACCAGUGUCUGAUGAAGAUGAUGCAAUUGUGAAACCUAUCAUUAAUCCUUUUAAACUUGAGAUUGAAGAUCUUGAGCUUAACAGAAAUUAUUUAUGUUAUAGAUUUAAAAAUUCAUCCAUCGUAUUAUUUAAGGGCUCAGCUUAUGAUUCCACUGGAUCUAUUAAUGAUUUAUGUAUUGAUCUUGAAAAAGAGUUUAGCAAACGGCCAUUCUGCUAUCGAACAGGACCUAAUUCUUUCAUUGCCUAUGAAGCUUCCAUAAGCGUUUCUAUUACAUACUUUUUUACACGAAUGUUAGAGGCCACCCAAAACGUACAACUCUCAGAUGUCACAUUCCAAUAA